CGGGCUCGUCACUGAUGUCCGGCGCGGUGCGAGCGCACACAUACGCGUGUGCACGGCGCGAUGCACGUCGAGUGUUCGAGCGCGCGGCAGCGGUUCGGCGGCCGACGUGGUGGGUGGAAAAUCGCGCGUGCUCGCCCCGGCCUUGACGGCAGGGGACCGCGCAGUCGGCGCAAGUCGAGAGCACGGCACGGUCGGAAGACGCGAUCGCGGGACCGCACUGAGGCGAUGACGAAAAUGUUCAACGACACGGCGGCUGCGACCGCGGUAAGCGCGACCACCACCACGUUGGCGCAGAAGUCGCCGGUGAUCCUGUUGUUCGCGUUCGGCGUGGCCGGAAACCUGUUCGCGCUGUUCGUGCUCGCCCGGUCGCGGCGCGCCGCCGGCAACGAGAGGUGCGCGUUCCUGUUGCGGUGCCUGGCCACCAACGACGGCAUCGGGUUGGCCGGCAUGCUGGCCAUCAUCGUGGCCAACGUAUUCUGGCCGUACAUCAGGAACGAGCUGUGGACGUGCCGGGUGCUCGCGCUGUGGCGGUUCUUCGGCCUGGGUUCCGGUUGCGUGGCCGUCGCGAUGGCCAUCGAACGGUGGCUGGCCCUCACCAGACCGUCGUUCUACCGAACCAACAUUACCUGCAUUCUACUGAAACGCAUCGUAUUCAAGCUUUGGUUAGGAAUAUUUUGCUUGGUGUGCAUGCCAUUCUUCGGGUUCGGUAUUUAUUACGUAGAGGGAGCAGAAAAAUGCAGUCGUGUCCGAGAUGCCAAAGAACCUUUGGAUGUGGUGUACGCUUACCUACACUUCGGUAUCGGUAUGAUUUUUUGCACUGUAAUCGUCUACAUGACUUUGGACAUUACGCGAGUUCUGUGCUCAAAGAAUAGCACUUUCAAUAACCUGAACAAGUUCAAUAGCGUAAAACGCAUAGGAAACGGCGAAGUGGCUACGUUAACCCGAAGGGAAGAAAAAAAAUUCACCUGGAUUUCGCUUUCCUUGUGCAUUAUAUUCGUCUUAUGUUGGAUUCCGCAAAUGGUAUCCAUUCCGCUGACCAAUUUCGUUCAAAACCAAGAUUCAAGGCAGCUUAAAUUGUUCAAUAAGAUUGCCGACUUUUUGUUGGCACUGCAUUUGACGGUGGACCCUUAUGUGUUCGUGGUGCAGUUGUUGUGGAAGCGAACAAAGCGAAUGACGGAUGAAGAAACCAACAACAGUGAGAGAACUUCGUGCAACGCAUCUUUGUUGCCGAGUAUAUGAAUCAUAACAGAAAUCUGUUAUGCAGCAACGAUUGUUAGUUAUGAACUUAAUAUAGAAUAAAUCAUCAGGUGUAUUGCAGUGGUCAGUUUGCAGUUGAGUCAGUUUUAUUCAUGUAAUUAAUAGAAAAAAAAAAAGCCGGUUUAGUGGGAAUUUUAAAUUAUCUCGUGGCCCAAUAUAACAUAACCCUAACAUUCUCUUGUAUUGACUUUUAAAUAUACAUAUGCCUAUUUCUUUCGCUGUUA